GUCGAAGUUAAAGCGUUUUCUUAACGUAGAAAUCUUGUAAAACACAUCAUGAUGCUGUCCGCUUCAGUCAGAGGCACAGCAUCGUUAUUUAGAAGGACUACCCUAUUGAACGUCAUAGGUACAAAGAAAAUGACAUCCAAACGGCGACACAGAGAGAUUGUACAGGAUGAAGAAAUGCGAGUGUUCUCUGGCAUACAGCCAACGGGCAUCCCCCACCUGGGUAACUACCUUGGGGCCAUUAAGUUGUGGAGGAAACUCCAGGAAGAUUAUCACGAUGUUAUGUAUAGUGUUGUCGACCUCCACGCAAUCACAGUCAGACAGGAUCCGAAGGAGUUCAGGGAGAACAUUUAUAAGAUGGUAGCCUGUUUGCUGGCCUGUGGAAUAGACCCAGAGAAGUCCGUUCUAUUUUUACAGUCACAGGUCCAACAGCACACAGAACUUUGCUGGAUUUUAAGUUGUAUCACAACCAGUGCCAGACUACAGCAUCUACCACAAUGGCAGGAGAAGUCUAACAUAAAGAGCCCCAAUGUAGGUUUGUUUACUUAUCCAAUUCUUCAGGCAGCUGAUAUUCUCUUGUACAAGUCAACCUUAAUUCCCAUUGGUGAGGACCAAAGGCAGCACCUCGAUCUGUGUGAGGAUCUAGCCAUAUCGUUCAAUAAUAAAUUCGGAAAAGUUUUUCGAGUCCCCAAAAUGUUAUUAGGAAAUACUGCCAGGAUUAAGAGCCUCAAAUUUCCUGAGAACAAGAUGAGUAAAUCGGAUAAAAGUUCCAAGGGACGGAUUGACUUAACAGACUCUAAUGAUGUCAUAGCAUCUAAAAUCAAAACGGCAGUCACGGACUUCACUUCACAAAUCUCUUAUGACAAGGAAAAUCGUCCAGGCGUGACCAAUCUUAUUGAUAUUCAUGCAGCUUGCACAGGGGAAACUCCAGAUGACAUAUGUGAAACAUAUGCCUCUUUGUCAACUGCAGAAUAUAAAAAGCUUCUAGCAGACAUUGUGAUCACUGAAAUUCAGCCAAUCAGGGAAAGGAUUGUUUGGUUACUAAGUGACAAGUCACAUCUUCAAAGCGUUUUAAGCCAAGGACAGGAAGUUGCAUCAGUGAUAGCUGAAGACACAAUGACUGAUGUCAGAAAACUUGUAGGAUUCACCUGAUUAUUAUCAAGUUUAGAUGUGACUUUUUAAUAAAGAUUUUUUGUGAUCUGA